GAGCCACAGAUUCCAGUACACACAGAGCUUGCUCAUGCAUGGGAGGGGUUAUAAACAAUAGGUGCUAUGGUAAAUUCAAGGAUGCCGUCAAGGCCGCCAGAAACGAAGACACUGUUCACUUUGGAGGCGAUGUGAUCGUGAAGGAGCCGGUUUAUUUCGGCAGUAACGUCAAAUUUCAAGGAGAGAUGUGUGCGGGCAAUCGAGCUAGCUUGAUUGCCAAGUUCGACUCGAAGAAGCAAGCCAUGCUACAGGCCACAAAAUCUGGACAAAUAGUGGAAUUCAGGGAUCUAGAUUUCACCAGCCAGGGCAUAAACAAAGCAGCAGCGUUUCACGCGGGUGGGGAGGAGUCUGACGCGGGAACGCAAACAAUUGAUGCUAAGUUUUAUAACGUGCACAUACAUGAUAUGCAAAGUGAGGCGCUGGGCGUAGGUAUUAGAGUUGGAAAUGUGCUGAAUUUACUCAUCGAUGCAGAUUGCAAAUUCCAGAAUUUAGUACAAAGUUCGUCAGAACCGGACCGAUUUGCUGGUGGUUCCGCGGUCGCGGUCAUUUACUUGCCCGAGUCUAGUAAAAUGAGUAUUAGCGGCAUGUUCAUCGAUAACAAAAGCUUUUACCCAGGAUUGGGUUCCAAUCACGCGGGCGGAGGUGCCAUAUACUUGGAUUACCUUGCCGGCACUGUUAAUAUCGACGCAGAAUUUACAGGCAACGAAUCUAACGAAGGAGGUGCCUUGAAAAUACAGGGUGUGUUGGGCAGUACAAAAAUCAGUGGUCUGUUCAAAGGCAACAAAGGUGUAGAUUCUGGGAACGGCUCACGCGGAGGCGCUAUUCGAGUAAACAAGAUUUUCGGCACUGGGGUUCUAGAGAUGGACGCGCACUGUAUGAAAAAUACAACACCAGGACGAGGUGGUGUUAUCGCAUCCAAUGUGCACAACACAGGUGGCAAAAUGACUAUCAAAGGGCUAUUCCAGGACAACGCAGCCGGUACAGACGGAGGUGUAUGGAGCAUGUGGUCCACGGGCACUGAAUUCACGGCAGAGACAAUAUUCGAGGCAAAUUCAAUUAUCAACGACAAUUUAGCUAUCAAUGACAUGCGAUCAAGUCUGUAUGAUGUGAGAGACAGCAUGAGACACACUAGAAUGUCUGAUCGUAACUGGAAAAUUGAUCAAACUGUCAUAGUACUAUAACUAUAGUAUAAAUAUAUGAGAUAAAAUAAUCAAUAGUAAUAAGUAUAUUAACUUCCGUAUAAAAAAAUGAAAUAAAAAAAAUCAACA